UCAGAGAAAAUGGCUUCUGAAAGAACACAAUGAACAUACCAAAUGCAUACUAGCUGCUUUUAAUUUUAUGCGAUCUGUUCUGAUUGACAUAUUAGUUGCUAUGUAAAAGGCAAGUCGCAUUCCGCUUCUUUGGGAAUCGCGCAAGAUCAAUGUGUCAAUUACAUGGCGUACGCGAUGACUACAGAUAAUAUUGGCUUGGAAAACACAACGAGCGGCCAAGCUAGAAAAUGCACUUGCUGGAUUGGUGUCACCGUGUGGUCUUCAAGGGUCAGAUGGGAGACAGAUUGCGAUGACAGUGUUGGGUAAAACGCUACUGGUUUCAUACCACGAUGCAACAGGCUUUGGAAUGUGCAUUGGAUCGGGCAGAGUACAUUGUGGAGAGUGCCCGUCAACGCCCGGCCAAAAAGCGAAUUGCAUCUAGUGGGCGAAAGUCUCUGUAUCAGAAGCUGUAUGAUCUGUACACUGAAGAAUGUGAGAAGGAGCCAGAGUUAAAGAAACUGAGGAGAAACGUUAAUCUACUGGAGAAGCUGGCCUCACAAGAAUCCGUGUCCUGUCUGGUGGUCAAUCUGUAUCCAGGAAACGAGGGCUACUCUCUGAGACUCAGGGGGAAAAAUGGAAGUGAUUCAGAAACGAUCCGGUUACCGUACGAGGAAGGGGAGUUGCUGGAGUACCUGGAUGCUGAAGAACUGCCGCCUGUUCUGGUAGACCUUCUGGAGAAAUCACAGGUGAACAUCUUCCACUGCGGGUGUGUCAUUGCAGAGGUCAGGGACUACCGGCAGUCUGGCAACACCAAAAUGCCGGUGUAUCAGAGCCGGCACAUCCUGCUGAAGCCCACCAUGCAGACCUUGAUCUGUGACAUCCAUGCUUUGACAAGCGACAACCACAAAUGGACCCAGGAUGACAAGCUCCAGCUGGAGAGCCAGCUGAUUUUGGCUACCGCUGAACCGCUGUGUCUGGAGCCGUCCAUCUCUGUCACCUGCACUGCCAACCGGCUGCUCUACAACAAGCAGAAAAUGAACACGCGCUCCAUGAGAAGGUGUUUUAAGAGGCAUUCCAGGGCUGCGCUCAACAGGCUGCAGGAGCUGGCCCGUUCUCCCACACCCCCACAGCUGCUCCUGUUUGACUACCUGCAGAAGAGGAGAGAGAGGAAGCCAGCCCCCUCCAUUGACCUAAAGAUCUCCAAGGCUGGAAACUGUGUGGACAUGUGGAAACAGAGCAGCUGCCAACUCAAUGCUCCUGCUCACGUGGAUGUGGAGAGGUUUGCGGUGGCGGAGGAAUCCAUCACGCUGGAGGAGUCGCAGCCCAGCGUCUGGCCCGCACAUGAAGUUAAAGAUGACUACCUUUUCGAAUCAGAAGUGGAUGAUGAGGUCCAGAAGACGAAAGUCACCAUCUUUCAGUCUGUGGGGGACCCCCUGGUAUACGGGAGGAUAUAUAGCAGCCAAGAGCCGAAAGCUGAGGAGGAGGGGGCCGACCUUCAUCUCAUCCACCCCCCUUUCCUCAUUGGCUCUAAAAUUGACGCUGAUAGAUUCCUGAGCCAGUACAAGGAGGUGUACGAGAGGGAUGUGAAGUGUCAGGUGAAGGUGCUGCACAAUUCGGAAGGUGUGGGGAACCAAAGCCCCACAGGGCCUGAGCCAGAGACGGACGGUCUCUCCCUGCUGGUGCAGCCCGCGACGUUGGGGAAGGGGCUGAAGCACCUGCCUGCAGCCAGCAAACCGCAAGCAGGGUCAGGAGGCUGCUCUUCAGGGAACGACCACGGCUCGCAGCUGCCGAGCGUCCACCCGAAAUCGACAACCCCGCCGCUGUCCCGGUCCCCGUCCCUUUCCCGAAAACCCUCCGGGGAGAUCUGCCAAGCCGGCCUGCUGUCCUCCUCGGCCCUGUCUCCCGUAGGGUCGUCCCAAAGAUCGGGGACCCCUAAUCCAUCCACCCCCACCCCCACCAACACCCCCUGCACCACGCCCCUCCCUCCCGACACCCUGACCUCCAUGCCUGCCACCACCACCUCAGCCACGCCCACUCCCCAGGACCCUGCCUUGUCUUCCCAGCCUGCGCUGCUCACCCCAUUGGCCCUCAGCCAGGCCCUGCCGGUCAUGACCAUCCCUCGGCCAUCCAUGGCCACCUCCAUCACCACCGGUAGCUCCUCCUCCCAGGUCAUGAGUGGCUCUGCCGGCCUCAACUUCAUCAACGUGGUGGGCUCCGUCUGUAGUCCCCAGGCCCUGAUGAGUGGGUCUAACCCCAUGCUGGGCUGUGGUCCCAGCCCCGUCACUUCAGGGAUCAACCUGAGUGGGAUCCUUCCCCCUGGGGGCCUGAUGUCUGGGACUCUCCCGGCCAUGCAGUCAGCCACCCCUGCAGGGAGUCCGUUUGGCUUGAACAGCACUCCAGGCCUCAGACCCUUAAAUCUCCUCCAGAUCCCCUCCGGUCCCGUCAUCUUUAAUCCCCUGCAGCAGCCUCUGUCCCAGUUCUCCCCUCAGCAGCCCAGCAGCCAGGCCGCCGUCUCCAGCCCCCAACAGCAGGGGGAGCCGACAUCUGACCAAGGCCUGGGCGGUCCGGACCAGGGCCUGACCAAUCAGCAGGCAGCGGUGAUAAACCUAGCGGGAGUGGGGGGGUUCAUGUCCCCCCAGGCAGCAGUGCUGUCCCAGCUGGGCUGUGCCCUGGACAGCUCCGGGCCCAGCCUGCCAGCGCCGGGACUCCAGCUCCCACCAGCUUUACAGCAGCAGCACCAGCAGCAGAUACAAUUGCGAUUCUUGCAGCACCAAAUGGCCAUGGUGGCAGCGGGAGCCCAGGCGGCGCUGCCACGGCAACCUACCGCCAGCCAACCGCGUAGUAAGAGGAAGCGCAGUGCGCCGCCCGCCUUCUCCAAGUCGUGAGCUUCAGCGGCGCCGUCGGGAGGACUCUCUCCUGCUUUCCUCCUCUCCGAGACUCUGUCCUGUGACUGUUUGCAGUGCAUCGACCGCAUUUGAAAAACAUUUUUUGUGGCUGCAAAAAAAAAAAAAAAAAAAAGUGUGGUCAUUGGACCGAUGGACCGACAAGCAGGAAAAUGGGAGGAUCUGGGAGAGAGACAUGUUUUUAACUUCACAGUGUGUGUGGCGACACCUAUCAGAGGACUCUUUUUUCCUGUGAAUUUGUGUGUUUUUUCAGACAUGCAUGGAGGUUACCGUUGCUUAUCUCGUCAGAUAUGGGUCGUGCUUUAAAACGUGCGAUUUCGUGCAUCGUUUGUAUUUUACUGCAGCCAUUUUAAAGGCCAAGAUGUUUUCAUCAGAAGAGAGGAUGUGUGUUUGUAAAGAACCGUUGUGUGUGUGCAUGAUACUUUUCGCCACAAAUGUGAAUUUAUGUAAAGGUUGUAUGUCAGCCUAUUUUAUUGUGAUAAGAGAAGUAAAUAUAUGUGAAAAAUGCAAAUACAAAACUUCCUAAAUCCUAAA